AUGCCGCACAAGCACAAAAGACGAGGAAAUGGAGUUGAUGAUUAUGAUCUUCCUCCAACUUCGAUAGCAAAAUCUCUUCCUACCCGAGUAGAAAAAGCGGGUUCAAAAACAAAAAAGGGUCAAACCGCUAAGAAAGGGUCAAAACAAAAGGCAUCCUCAGUUAAAGAGUUGCAAGAUGACACCCCCCGGGCCUUUGCACGCCUUAUGCGCGUAUAUCAAGAAUCAAACGGCAAGCGGAAAAAGGGAGACGGAGACGAAGAGCUAGAUACCGAACAGAACAGUCGCAAAAGGAAACGCCAGAAUGACUCAGAUCGGAAUAAGACAUCAAAGAAGAACCUUAAAGCGAAAGCAGCAGAGGAUGCAAAGGCUGCUAGCAUUCCCAAGAUUCUACCCGGAGAGAGAAUAUCAGAUUUUGCAGCGCGAGUCGAUCGUGCGCUGCCAUUUUCAGAGUUAGCCAAACGAGCUUCUGCUCCAAAGGGAGGUAAAGAUGCGGUGAUAGGAAAAUUACGUGAUACUCGACAGACAAAGCACGAGAAACGGCUACUACGGCUACAGAGCCAAUGGCGCGAAGAAGAUAAAAAGUUCCGGGAGAAACGCCAGGCCGAAAUCGAAGAGGCUGAAGGAGAGGAUGAGGAGAUUAAUGACCUAUGGAAAGAAUGGGAACGUGAAGCUGGAGUAGGCGUCAAAGGAAAGAGUAAGAAGGCCAGUGUGGCACAUAAGAAGAAGAAAAAGAAGAAAGGGACCGGGAAUGGCGAUGAUAGUGACGGGUUCAUCAGCAGUGAUGACGACGAUGAUCCAUGGGCGAAAUUGAACCAGAAAGCGAAAAUUACGAAGCCAAUUAAUCCAGCUGAUGUUGUUCAGGCUCCGCCAGAGAAGCUGGCAAAACCCAGAGAAAUAUUUAAAGUACAUGGAAUGGGAGGCGCAAAGGUCCAUGUUGCUGAUGUCCCUACCGCAGCGGGAAGUUUGAGACGAAGAGAAGAGUUGGCUAGCGAGAGACAGAGUAUAGUGGAGCAAUAUAGGAAACUCAUGGCCAGCAAAAGAGAGUAA